CGCACGACGUUCACGUCCGUGCCAACGAAGUACCGUUCGGUUCUUUGUUACUUAACCUAGACAAACAUGGGUCGCAUGCACACUCCCGGCAAGGGCAUGAGCGGUUCCGCUCUGCCCUACAAGCGCUCCUCUCCCUCCUGGCUCAAGAUCACCUCCCAGGAGGUGAACGACAUCAUCGCCAAGAUGGCGAAGAAGGGCCUUACCCCCUCCCAGAUUGGCGUGCUUCUCCGUGAUAACCACGGCGUUGCUCAGGUGUCCUCCGUCACCAACUCCAAGAUCCUCCGCAUCCUGAAGGGCCAGGGCCUCGCGCCCACCCUCCCCGAGGACCUCUACUGCCUCAUCAAGAAGGCUGUGUCCGUGCGCAAGCACAUGGAGCGUAACCGCAAGGACAUGGACUCCAAGUUCCGCCUCAUUCUUAUCGAGUCCCGCAUCCACCGCCUGGCCCGCUACUACAAGCUCGCCAAGAAGCUCGCGCCCAACUGGAAGUACGACUCGGCCACCGCGUCUACCCUCGUCGCCUAAGCAACGAAGGUUUCAUUAGGUUUAGGGUCCGGCGUGUCCUUGAACCUGGGGUUGGUGAAGGGGUUCUUUGGGUUUGGUCGCGCGCGGGGCGUAGCGAUCGAGGGGAUUGAACAUACGAGUGGAACGCCGAUCGGAGCGGCCGGGCGCGUCACCGGAAGGGACGCAUCGGCUGGCACGAUCGACUAGGGGCGCCGGGAGGGCGCCAGCGGAGGGCUUGGGAAAAAUCCCCCCCGCUCUUUGGCUGAUCGCCGCGCGAGCGCGGCGAACAGCCUCUGCCGAGGACCAAUAGGUUUACUAGCGAAACGUUUCAAUCUCGAUCUCGACAAACCGUGCGUUC